AUGGCCGAUACUACUUCCGCUGAUAAUACGAUCUAUGAAAAUGGAAUGCUUGAAUUUCAACAGCAUUUCAAUUUCGAUAGUUUAAGAAAGCCAUUAGCAGUUGAUUCAAAAGGAUUGGAAAAUGAAGAGCAUACCUCGAAAAUAUUUAAUGACUUGGAGAAUUUUAAACUUGGAGUUCCAAUCACUCUUAUCAAUUCCAAGGGAAAAGCUAAUACCCAAAAAAUAGUUUUCAACUUGAGAAAACAUUUGUUACUUUGUUCAAAGAAGAAAAUUCCUUUAUCUCAAAUCGAUGAGAUUAGAGUUGGUCAAAAGACAAAUGUAUUCAAUAAUUACCAAUUGAAGGCAGAUGUUAAUCACAAGAUUGAUGUUGCCAAUUGCAAGUCGUUCUCAUUGAUGUACACUGGAAAGAGAAACAUGAGUAAGUCAUUGGAUUUCAUCUGUGAAACAGAGCAGGAAAGACGUUUGAUGGUGUCAGCUUUCUAUCACACCAUUUGCUCGGCAAAGUCACUCGACAAUGAAAUGGGAUUUGUCAUGCGUGAGUUCAAUUCAUUCGGAAAGGAUUCACUCAAUCGUGAUGAAAUCAAAAAGUUGUUGGAGAGACUGAACUAUACCACCUCCAGUGAGAUGUUGGCUCGUAUGAUGGCAAUGGUCGAUCGUAACGAUGACUGUAAUCUCGACUUUGUAGAGUUCUCUGAUCUCUUGAAAUACCUACGUUCACGUCCAGAGAUCAAGAUGAUCUUUGAGCGUUACUCUUCAGAUUCAGCUCAACAUCUUACCAUCCCACAGAUGAUCAGAUUCUUCAAAGAGGAGCAACAAGAGGAUUGGAAGGAAUCUGACUGUAUCGCUUUAAUCACCAAGUACAACCAUGAAGAGUUGCCACACAUUCUCUUUGAACAGUUGGAGGAUUACAUCGUCAGUGAUUUCAACUCUGCUGCCAUUCCAAAGACAAGAACCAUCUACCAAGAUACAAACAGACCAAUCACUGAAUACUUUAUCAACUCUUCUCAUAAUACUUAUUUGGCUGGUCAUCAACUCAAAGGUGAAUCAUCUAGUGAAAUGUAUGUAAAGACAUUGAAAUCUGGUGUUAGAUGUGUUGAACUUGAUGUUUGGGAUGGUGCUGAUGGUGAACCAAUUAUUUUCCAUGGUAAGACCUUGACUAGUCAAAUCAAGUUUUCACAUGUUUGUCAAACUAUCAAAACUUGUGCUUUUGAAAUCUCUCCAUUCCCAGUUAUUCUGAGCCUUGAAGUGCAUUGCUCUGUUCCACAACAGAUUAGAAUGGCUCACCAUCUUGUAGAGAUCUUUGGAGAUAUGCUUCCAACACCUUUGGCCGAAGAUGCCAAGGUAUUCCCAACACUUGAACAAUUGAAGCACAAGAUUCUUUUGAAGGGACAUCGUGCUGCUCAAGUUGCAACCACCCCAGGUGAAAUCCAAGAUAUCCUAAAUGAGGAUGAAGAUGAACAGGAGGAAGAGUUGGAUAGUUCAGCCGGUUCAGUCUCUGCUUCAUCGUCAUCGUCUGCCGCUUCACCAUCGUUGACAUCAUCAACCAGCAGCAGUAUCCUAAAGUUAGGAUCAUCUUUAGCCACCUCGUUGAAAUUGAAGAAAAAGAAAGACGAUGGUGCAAAGAAGAAGCCUGUCAAGGUAAAGAUUGCAGAUGAACUCUCAAGAUUGAUCUAUUUGAUCGGUUCAGGAUACAAGUCACCGGAUUUAUCAAAGAUGAAAUCACCAGCUUACAUGCACUCAUUGUCAGAGGGUGCCAUUAACAAUGUCCUAGGCAGCUAUGACUCUGGUAAGGUUGUCAAUCUCACACAAACUCACUUUAUUCGUGGAUAUCCAAGAGGUACAAGAUUCGAUUCCUCCAAUUUCGAUCCAUGUCCAGGAUGGUCUUUGGGAAUGCAAAUGAUUGCACUCAAUCAUCAGACCAGCUCCGAACCAAUCUGGGUCAAUGAGGGUAUGUUUGAUGACAAUGGUAGCUCUGGUUUCGUAUUGAAACCACCUGCACUCUGGUUUGAGAGCAACCCAUCAAUGCAAUUCGACCCAACCAUUCAAAUCAGACAUCCAGCAUCAAAGUACUCCAAGCUUUGUGUCGAAGUUAUCAGUGGUCGUCAACUUCCAAAAUAUACCAAAACCACUGGUGGUGAAGUAAUUGAUCCAUUCGUAACUGUUUCAAUUCAUGGAUGCAAAUAUGAUAAAGCAGAAUACAAGACUAAAGUUAUCGAUAACAAUGGUUUCAAUCCAUAUUGGGGAGAGGAAUUUACCUUCCCAUUGAUUAACAGUCAACUUGCUAUGUUGUUGAUUAGAGUAGACGAUAAGGAUGCCUUCCACAGACAUAAUCGUAUCGGUCACUACAGUAUCAGAGUCGAAAAUAUCCGUCCUGGUUUCAGAAUGAUCAAACUACGUAAUGAUGUUGGUGAUAUCAUUCCACUUUGUAAUUUAUUAUUAAGAUUUACUUUAUUACCAAUAAAAAAAAAUGAUAAAAAGUACUAA